UGAGGUCUCUAACGUUGAAAAUCAUCCCGUAAAGUGUUUUUAGUAAAAUCCAACUUCCACAAAAAUCAAUCCUUAAUUUUCUUCUUAAUCUCUUGAAAAUGUCUAGCGGUUGUAACUGUGGCUCUGGGUGCUCAUGUGGAGCCGAUUGCAAAUGUGGAAAAAUGUAUCCUGACUUGGAGACGAAGACCACAAGUACUGCAACCAUAAUCACUGGUGUUGCACCAAAGAAUACGUAUGCGGAGGGAUCUGAGAUGAGCUUUGGAGCAGAAGGAGGGCAUACCUGCAAGUGUGGUGAUAAAUGCACCUGUGACCCUUGUACUUGUUGAUCACAAUUGAACUCCUCAAGCCUCAAAAAAAGUAGCUAUGGUUUAAUAUAAAUAAUUGUUUACAGUAGAAUAAGACAGCCAUGGCCUUCUCUUAAUCCACUACUACUUGGAUUCUUAGAAUGGCCUGUGGCUACUACUUUAAUGGUGUCUUUGUGUAGUACUUGUGCCUGAGUCUGCUGCUUUUGUGGUUGUUGGGGUUUGAUAUAUGUGUAUGAAGGAGACGUUGAAAAAAUGAAAUUAAUAUAGCUCCUUCAACUGUUGUGUAA